CCGAAAAUCCUCGAUGCAUCGCCCUCGGUGAGUGUUGCUGAGGGAUCGAAAACAACCUUUUGGUGCGAAAUCAAGGGCUACCCGCUGCCCACAGUCAGCUGGUAUUUCAUGCGACCCGACGAUGCUUACGAUGCCAUACUUCUUCCAGGUGACUCUGACGACAUCAGCGUAAGUGUACGCGGAGCUCCCCCCGGACGUCGCAUCAUUUCUCACCUGCAAAUCCGAGAGUUCAGCAGGGAACACGAGGGCACCUACCAAUGCUUCGUAGAGAAUGACUUCGGCAGUGAUCGACGCAACAUCACUGCCAUCUACGUGGCUGGGGCGGAGUCACCUUCAGCGGAUGAGUGGACAUAUGGCGGAUGGCGAAACGAGAUCUAG